GAACAAAAGCUUCUCUUUUGCUUCAUCCGGAAAUUCCUUCCCCGCUAAGAGCAUUGUCAGCCCUGCUUAGCUGCUGCGCGGGGAGACUUUGGUCUCAGGUCCAUUCAGUCAAGAGGAGUGGAAGUUCUUCUAAGUAUGUUGUUCAAAAGACUUGAAAUCUAUAUUCAGCAUGGAGACAGCAAAAGUGGAAACCAUCAACAAGCCUUCAGAACCGUUUUGCUCCGGUGUCCUCAGAGCUCUCGGGGAUUUUACGGGUGACAUGCGGCCGUGGGGAGACUGGGUCAAAAGGCAGAUUUGGGGAAUCCGGCUGAUUGACUACAUUCUACGAGGGGUGGCUCAGGUCAUGUUCGUCAAUAACAGUCUCAGCGGGCUCCUUAUUUUGGGAGGACUCUUCCUGCAGAACCCAUGGUGGGCUCUGAACGGUCUGCUGGGUACGACCAUCUCCACUGUGUCGGCCAUCGCGCUGAGGCAAAACAGGGAUGCUGUGUCAGCAGGAUUGCACGGCUACAAUGGAACUUUGGUUGGAAUCUUGAUGUCUGUGUUCUCUGCCAAAGGAGACUGGUAUCUGUGGCUCUUUGUUCCAAACGUCUUCCUGUGUACGUUGUGCCCUGUAGUCUCCAGUGCUUUGUCUGCAAUAACCACCAAAUGGGACGUCCCAAUUUUCACCCUGCCUUUUAACAUCCUGAUAUGUCUGCACAUCGCAGCCACGGGUGCUACCCACCCGUUCUUCUCGCAGGUGGAUUUCCAGCCAAAGACGCGUCUGCAUGUCAAUGAGUCUGAAAGCCUGAAUUUGUCCCAGGUAUUUCUGUCGGUGCCGGUGGGUGUCGGUCAGGUGUUUGGCUGUGACAACCCUUGGACAGGAGGUGUCAUCCUGCUGGCCCUGCUGCUCUGCUCACCAACAAUCUGUUUUCAUGCCAUCCUGGGGUCUGCUGCCGGCCUGUGCACCGGACUGGCUCUGGCUACCCCCCACACUGAUGUUUACUCGGGGCUUUGGGGAUAUAACAGCGUCUUAUCCUGCAUUGCUAUUGGAGGGGUCUUCUAUGCUUUAACUUGGCAAACCCAUAUACUGGCUCUGACAUGUGCAUUUUUCUGUGCAUACGCGUCUUCUGCGACUUCAAAACUCAUGUCUGUGCUUUCAUUACCAGCCUGCACGUGGCCUUUCUGCCUGUCGACUCUCAUCUUCCUCCUCCUCUCCUCCGAGCGCCCGGCCCUGCGCCGGCUGCCUCUGGCGGCGGUUUCCUACCCGGAGGAAAACCGGCGCUACCUGAGACGAUUAAAGGCGUGGGGGAAGGCUCAGAGCAGCAUCCAAGAAGCAGCAGAGGGAGUGAAAGUGGACAGUCACCAAAUAUGAAUCUGCAUGAUCACAAUCUGUGCUUUGAGAACUCUUAUGCAACUAGAUUAGUUAUGUAAAAUGCUAGUUUGGUGGGUUUUUUCUCCUUUUUUUAAAUAGUUUAAUCUGCAGUGCUGCUCUUUUUUCUGCAGAGGGCAGUAUAUUACAAAGAAAAACUGCUUAGUGCUCUCCAUGGGGCGGGUAAACCAUUUCUUACAGCACUUUAUGAGUUUUUAUGGUUGCAUGUGUUAUUAGAUAAUGCUUACAGAGCCAAUAUUAAAGGGAAACCUGUUUAGAUUCUUCUUCUCAGACAGCAGCAUUAAACAUCUGCAGGCUUUUA